GCUGAAAAGGAAACAUGGAAGAAGGAGAAUGAGCCAGCGAGGAGAGAGAGGUGAAGGUGGAGAUGGUGGUGGUGGGUGUCUGCGACAUGCAAAUGCAGAUACUCCAAUCAAUUGCUUUGAAACGCCUGCGAAUGCCUUUUUCUGCCACCCAACACGCCACUCACACCUUCUCUUGUUCUCUUCUCCUUCUUCUUUUUCUAUGAAUUAAUGCUUCUCUUGUUCCAAUUCUGCCAAACCCAGACGUUCUCUCUCUCUGUUCUUCUUCUCAAAAUUAACGCCUCUCUUGGUCUAGUUCUUCGAAACCCACUCUCUCUCUUUCUCACUCAGAAAUGGCGGCUAACAGGCAAGCUUUGAAUGAGCAGCUUCAGAAAAUCGUGGAUUCUUUGAAGGAACAAGGAAUGCUUGAUAAACAAUUUGGGCUUGUUCAUUCAUUGAAGGAGUCUAACAGCCCAUUCUUUCUGGCGGAGAUAAUACCAAUGUUCUGCCAAAAUGUUCAAACCAUUCUCAGAGAUUUGACCCAAACACUAGAUAAAGAACCAGUGAAUUAUUAUGAUUUGGAAGAAUACUGUAUUAAGCUGAAGGGAUGCACUUCAAGCAUCGGUGCUCGCCGGAUGGCAUUAGCAUGCGUGACUCUUCGUCAAGCAAGUGAGAACAAAAAUAAGGAUGGGUGUAUCUUGGCUUUGAAUGGAAUCAAGCAUGAAUACUAUAAUCUGCAAAGCAGUCUGGAUAGCAUUGUUCAGUUGGAAAGGCGAAUUCUCUGUCAUAACGCUUGAAAUGCAAUGAUGAGGGAGCUGUGGUGUGGUUUUCCCACGAACGUGGAAAGAGUUGCUGCGAUAGUCGACCAGAAGGACUCAAUUGUUGCCUUUUUUGUUUUCUUAAAUGAUUGAACACCAGGACAUUUCAUCUUUGUGGUUGGAACCUUUAUAUGGCUCAAUUAACGAACCAUUCUGGAUCUGUUCUUUUAUUUGGUGAGGUCUCACAAGAAAGUUGCAUGUUUGUUCAGAAAAAAAAAAACACCCUGUUGGAAAUCAUCCUUCCUGUUCGUUCGUGGGCUGUGGCGCGGCUAUUUGAUGAGUAUUGUAUAUCUUACUGCUUCCAUUUUCUAGUGAUAUGGUGUAUCAUGUUCUCUUGA